AACAGAAAAACAUAAAAGGUAAUAAAACCAAGUUCAUGAGAGAGAGAAGAAAAGGAAAUCUCUCUCACACACAACACAAGACAGACACACACACAGCCAUAAAGUUGAAGAGAGAGAGAGAGAGAGAGAGAGAGAGAGAGAGAGAGAGAGAGAGAGAGAGAGAGAGAGAGAGAGAGAGAGAUGAAAAGUAGGGAAGUGAAAGCGGAAAAGAAGGCAAAAUUGGGACAAAAGUUAAGGAGAGAGGUUUUGGUGGUAGGGAAAAGUAGUAGUAAGCCCCCUUCUACCCCAUUACCCUCUUCUUCUUCUUUCACACUUCGGAUUUCAAGUCCUAAUAAUAAUAAUAAUAAUAAUAAUAACAACAAACAGUGUAGUAAUAAUAGUAAUAGUUCCGUUAUUAUUCACCAGGACCACCACCGUUACCAAACACUACCCACCGUCUCUGUUAGGAAGCUUGCGGCGGCUCUUUGGGAAUUUAACCAUUACUUUCCACUUUUUCAAAUGCAUCGUCCUGUUGCCGCUGAUUCUAGACUUCGCCGCCGCCAUUAUAACGACAAAGCUCAUGAUAUUUCUAAUUUCUUAGCUGAUGCUUCUCCUAGUUCCCCUGAUCAGCCAGCUAGCGCAAGCAGUUUGAGGAGGCACGUUGCAGCAUCACUAAUGCAACAUCAUCGGGCAAUUGAGAGAAACAACCAUGCAUUACAACCCUUGUCUCCUGCAAGUUAUGGUAGUUCCAUGGAGAUGACACCAUAUAAUCCUGCAGCCACUCCUAAUAGUUCCUUGGACUUCAAGGGAAGGAUUGGUGAGCCACAUUAUAGUCUCAAAACAUCUACAGAACUGUUAAAAGUGUUAAACAGAAUAUGGAGCUUGGAAGAACAGCACGCUUCUAACAUAUCAUUGAUAAAAACAUUAAAAACAGAGCUAGAUCACACACGUAUCAGGGUCAAAGAAUUGCUUCGAGACCGACAGGCGGAUCGACAUGAGGUUGAUGACCUGAUGAAGCAAAUUGCAGAGGAUAAAUUGGUCAGGAAGAGCAAAGAACAGGAACGACUACUCGCUGCUGUUCAAUCUGUGCGUGAAGAACUUGGCGACGAGAGGAAAUUAAGAAAACGGUCAGAGAGCAUACAUAGGAAACUAGCUCGGGAGCUUUCUGAGAUGAAGUCUUCUCUUACUAGUGCUCUAAAAGACUUGGAGCAAGAGAGAACAAGAAGGAAAUUAUUAGAGAACCUCUGUGACAAAUUUGCUAGGGGAAUAAAUGAAUACGAGCAGGAGGUGCAUGCGCUGAAACAAAAGUCCGAGAAGGAUUGGGUUCAGAGAGCUGAUCAAGAUCGUUUAGUACUCCACAUAUCUGAAUCAUGGCUGGAUGAACGUAUGCAAAUGCAACUGGAAGCAGCUCAGAAUGGUUUUACGGAUAAGAAUUCCAUUGUUGAUAAACUAAGCCUUGAAAUAGAGACUUUUAUUAAAGCUAAACAAAAUAGUAGGAAUACGGAAAAUCCAGUGGUAAGGGAACGCCGGAACUCAUUGGAAUCUGUACCACUGAAUGACAUUGUUAGUGCACCACAAGCUGUGGGUGAUGACGACGACGAUGAUUCUGCAGGCAGUGAUUCACAUUGUUUUGAGUUGAACAAGCCAAGCAACAUGGGAUCUAAAGUACACGAAGAAGAGAUUGUGGACAAAAAUCUUGACGGGACAUUGAAAUCCAAGGUCAAGAAGAAAAAACCAGUACCGCGAGAAGGGUUUAAAAAUCAUAUCCCGUCUAGCUUGCAAGUGAAGUUUGGAGAACAAAUGGCUUGGGCCUUGUCAUCUAAUUCAAAUAAGAAGUCCCAGUCAUUUGACGCAGCGGAGGGGGUGACCACAGAUACAAAGCUAGUCGAAGGAACUAUAAUAUCUGAAGAGCCUGAACACUUUGAAACUAGCGAAAAUGGUGGCUUUGAAAGAAAAAACAACUCAAAUGAAUUGCACAGCACCAGUAAAAACCACAUUAUUGAUAAUCUCAUAAGAGGUCAACUUUUGGCAUCAGAGGGUGGUAACAUACACGCUGAACAUAAUAAUUAUGGUGAGGCAUCCUGCAGCAAUGCUGGAUGGAGGAAUCAGGCCAGCCCUGUGAGGCAGUGGACGGCGACUCUUGAUAUAUCCGAGCCAUCCAAAGUGAAUUCAGGAUCAAAGGACAAUACUUUGAAAGCAAAGCUUCUUGAAGCAAGAUCAAAGGGGCAGCGAUCACGUUUGAAGGGCUUUAAAGGGUCCUUUUAGAGGAUUAAGAAAUCGGGAAAAUUCGACAAUAAGUUCGCCAGAACUUGAAUCUUGUAAUGGUGAUGGUGGUUACUACGAGUACUGUUCUGCAUUCUCCACUCUUGUCUCUCUUCCCUUUCAUGUGGAAUUUUCACUUUGUUAAUAAUUUUAACUCUGUAUCUGGAACAUAUUUCUUGUUGAGGGUUUAUUCUGUAUACUUCUGUAGAUGUAAGUGUCAUGUUAAACUAAUCGAAUCGACGUAUGAGAAGUAAAAACAAUAUACAGUUUUGUAUACUUUCUUUAGUAUGUAUUUUUUUCGUUCA